AUAACAGAUUAAGUUUGCUCCUUUGUACUUUGGAACAAGAAACUUGCUCUUUGGCAUUAAGCUUUGAAUAGGCAUUGUUCUAGGAAGAUUUCAGCCAAUCAGGUUCACAUUUCAUUAACACAAUGCUCAAGUCUUGUCCUGUUUGUUCUCAGCUGUCAUGAUUCUAUUAUGACAAGUCUUGACAAAACAUUACACAUGCUUGCCCUAAAAACAACAUGGAUUUUUAUGGCAUACAGCUUGGCUUAGUUCAAACAGAAUCUAGUAUUUGUCAAGGUCAAACAUUGUGUUUAAAAUGGUUUUCCUCAAGAAUGUCUUUGCAGUCUGAGGCCGUAAUAAAGUCACAAAUUAUUCUCUGUCACACCAUGAUACAGUCAAAUUAUUGACCAUUCCAAGAGUGACUUUAGCUGUAAUACCAUGGCAUACCCUUACUUCGUCCCAGAUCGCCUCGUGGUUGCCCCACCCUUUGAGCAUAUUGAUCGCGGGCUUGUUAAGCAUGUGAUCAUGCGUGGUGAAGAUUUCCUAUCUUUUUCAUACCAUCAAGUUCAGGACAGUCUGUUGUUGUAUUAUAUGAGGCAGACUACAGGCAGUCUUGUCCUGGAUAAGCUGAUGGUCGUGUGUUUUCGCCCAUGUGGUGAUGAGGGUUAUUCAUAUAUAAAAGAAGUUUUAAAGCGUGGUGUUUGUCUGGAUGGUGCRUGCUACCGAUUUCUUGGCCAAGGCAAGGAUCGUCUACGCGGGAAAACAUGCUUCCUAGUUACUGAAAACGACCUCGUUAUCUAUGACUUCCUGUCCCGUUUCAUCAACUUCUCUGAAGUAAAGGGCGUUACUAACCGAGCUGGGUGCCUUGAUCUACUCAUGACUGGUUUUAAGAAGACCGUUUCUUUGAAAUUCACUGACUGUUCUGUUUUGAAAGACACCAAGAAAGGAAAGUACAACUUCACACAAGGUUGUGGCUUUAUGUCUAUAGAGUUUGCUGCUGAGAUUCAAAUGAAAGAAGGUCUUCAAUUGCCUCCAUGUGCUGUCUUAGGAAUGUACCAAGGUUUUUAUGGCACGCUUGUCAUUCGAACAAAUCUUAAUGAAUGUAAAGUUGAGUUUAGAGAAUCCAUGAAGAAAUUUAGCGUCAGCGAUGAAGAACUUCGCAACGACUUGACAACGUUUGCUGUGCUAGACUACUCUCGACCUUACACCAAUGGUUACCUCAAUAUACAAACUGUGAUGCUAUUGGCUGAUCGCGGUGUAUCACAUGACUACCUCAAGCAACUCCAAGAAGAUUACUACACCAUGCUGGAAAACCUCUGUACAAAUAGAUCACGGGCGGCAUAUUUCUUGAGAACAACAGGAAAUACUGAACUUCUUCGUAUUUUACAGUCUUCAGAUCCUCAAGCGAUACAGAAAGAAUUGGAGAAACUACGAAAAGCUGAGAUCCUCAAUAUGAAAUGCUGUGAUCAGCUGGAUGGUGGAAGACGGCUUCCUAAUUCAAACCUGGGCUUGCAAACGCGGCUUCGGGUGCUAGUACCGAAAUCUCGUGUAGUACUAGGAGUGUGUGAUCCCUACGGGAAAUUGAAGAGCGGGGAGUGCUACUUUAGUCCUACCAUGUCCGAUGAGGAAGAAGGAGAAUAUUCGACCGUAGAGAAAGUUGUUAUACUUCGUAGUCCAUGUUACCAUUCGGGCGAUAUUCGUGUCCUUAAAGUUCGUCGAAAACAGGCCGAGUACAGCUAUCUCAAGGAUUGUAUUGUAUUCCCCGUCCAAGGUACUCGCCCGCACGCUCUAGAGUGCGGAGGUGCCAACUUAGCAGGGAGCAAGUUCUUCGUCACGUGGGACACCAAUCUUGUUCCUACAUGGAAUGAAGCCCCGUUUGAUUAUAGUCCUAAACCUGUUGAUAAAGUAAAUACUCGACUCAGCAGAAGUACCCAGCCAUUAUCUCGUCUAAGUGGUCGCGUUCGAAACCGCGCUCAGAGGAGUCUUCCGUCUGUCUUUGGGGAUCGUGAUAGCUAUCAAAAGCGAAAGAAAGUGAAAGUUUUACAAGAGAUGGCGGGACAUUUUGCGGACGCAAGCAAUGAUUCGCUUUGUAAGCUUGAUGCCACGUUCAUGAAAUACGCUGCUCUUGUUGGUCCUUCUAGUAAGGAGUGUCGCCAUAUCCAUCAGCAUUUGGUCAAUGCGUUGUCAGGCCAAACCAAGGGCGAGGAGCUUGAGAAAGUUUGUGAUAAACAUGAACAUGAUCUACAAGCUUACGAAGCACUCGAGAAACGACCUCGAAGCUCUUCCAUGCAAAGACUGCGAGUUAGAUUGGGCUUGACCAGACCAGUAUUUCAACCAGGAGACGAUGUUUGGGAAGCGAUGGAAUUGAGAGCUAAAGACUUCUACGAGCAAGUCUCACCGUUCUAUAGCGAGCGACGUGGUUCGAUGAGAUCAGUACGAUCAAUGGCAGAUCGAGCGUCUAUUUCUUCGGCUUUUGAUAGAACGUCUUCGUUUGUAUCAUCAACUAAAGUAGACAUUUCGAAACAAGAAGACUAAGGUAUUGAUUGAAAUAUCUCGUGUCGGAACAUUCCAGCGAUCUUCAUGUAGAGUUCAACGUUUCAAAACUGGACAAAGACUCAACAUCUACGAAUCAAUCAGAAUUGCUUUAGUUAUUUGGUUCCACGCAUGCGAAAACCGACGUUUAACUAAAACAAUGAAACGCGUAACAGCAUUAUUGUAAUGUAUCACCUAAAAAAAUCUUAAGAUAUUUGUAAAAUAUUAAUUUAAUUUCAUAUUUUAUGAUAGAGAUAAAGCAACUGUCGUUAUUGUUCGACUUCAACCAUUCUGUUAAGCUGCUGUUCCGUGGACUUUCAGGAUAGCUACUCACACUUCAAAAUGUCUUGGUUUUAUCACUGAUCGUCUUUCCUAUAAUACGAGUUUUGUUCACUUGUGUGUAGAAAAUCGCUUUGUAUCAAUGUAUUUAGUACAAGAUCGUUUUAAUUAAUCUCGCAAAUGUAAAUGUACUUCAAUUUUCUUUCGUUCAUGCCCCCUCACCGAACAUUAAUAAAUUCGGUUGAAAACGCAA